AUGGCGGGGCUGCUGCCGCCCGGAGACUGCGGGUGCGAUGGGGACGCGGAAGCUGCGGGAGCCCGGCACAGACGCCGGCAGCCAGAGGAGCGGGUCCAGCAAGAACAAAGAAACCACACUGUGGAGCCUGUUAUAGAUGACUAUAAAAAGAUGGGGACUCUCUUUGGUGAACUAAACAAAAGCCUUAUCAGCAUAGGCUUCACGAGGAUGUAUUUUGGAGAACGGAUUGUGGAACCUGUAAUAAUCAUAUUCUUCUGGGUUAUGCUUUGGUUCCUUGGCUUACAAGCUCUUGGACUAGUUGCUGUUCUGUGCCUUGUCAUUAUUUACGUGCAACAGUAGAGUAUGGUGAAUGGCCUGUUGGAUAACAUAUUACAACCAUGUCACCUUUCAAUGGAUUUAUAUGUUUAAACAAACAACACUGGCAUAUUAAAAGCUGCAAUUUUCCAAAUCAUGCUACACAUUACAUUUGUGAGGUCUCUACAUUCAGACUAAAAUUACAUAUGCAUUUUAAAGGAAGUCAACAGUCCUAGCACAUCUCCAAAGGGAAUGAAAAGGAUAUGCUCCUAAUAAUGGUACUGUCCAAAGUAACUUACUCUUUUGAAGGGCUUGUCCACACAGUAAGUUAGUACACAGCAAGCCAGGGUGUGACUCUACUGCACACUAGCGUUUCAAAUACUAACUCGGUGUGGACAAGCCUGAGUGAGGGUACAUGAGCCAUUGCAACCUUGAGGGCUCAGUCCUAGGUUGUCUUUUUAUUAAAUGUGGUAUAAAAACACCUCCAUCUGAAUGGGGUCAGCCUCUCUUCUGUGAUGUGGCUGAUAUUUUGAAAUGACACUUUCUUGUGUAAUGGAAAUUCCUCUCUUUGUUUUGAAGAGUACACAUAACCAUGAGAUUUAUGUUCCGUUAUUUUUACAUUGUUCUCCUGUAAGCUUUUUGAAAGCUGGGCCCAUAAAUCUGAACUAACUAAAAAUGUGUUCCUCCACUGGCUUGCACGUGUGCGCACACACAUUAGUUUGUGACUGUAAUGCCAGGCCUACGUUAGAAAAGGGUUGUCAGUCUAGCUAUACCGACAUAACUAUACCAGCAAAUCCUCCUCCGGUAGGCUUAGCUUAUACUGGCAAAAAAGUACUGUUGCCAGUAUAAUUGUAUCUACCCUAAAGCUUUUGCCAAUAUAUAAUUGUCAGGAAAAAAUCACACCCGUAACUGACUUUGCUGUGCUGGCAAAGUUUCUAGUGUAGACCAGGCCUAGGUCUACUUAUGUGUGCUUGGCUCUGGCCAUUAAUGCCUUUUUUAAAUAUCAAAACAGUUCUCUUAGAGGAAAUAAUUUGGGGACUUCGCAAAUAAAUAUAAAUCCCCACCUCUGCAACUUCUAUUCCAGCUAAUGUGCUUGAAUACUGACUACAGCCCCUCUACACCUCAUAUGCAGGAGGGUUGUAUUACUAGUAUUAAAUGUGGAUCUAUCAACUUUGAUGAUGAUUCUGCUUUACUGCCCAAUCCUAACAUAGAUGCAAGCUUUGCUUGUACAAGCACAGCAGACGCAGGCCUAAUGUAAGAUAUGAGCAAUUACGCAAGUAAGAUAGAUUUCAACUGCAGUCUUACUCAGGAAUUUUUGGUGUUUGAUUUGGAAAUAUACCAUCUAGAGAAGCAUGUUGUAAGCUGAAAUAUCAGAGAAUAAGAUAUAAUAUUGUAUAGAGUUUUAAAAUAAAUCUGUAAAAUCCACUUUGGUAAUGUAGAAUCCAAUCCUGAGAAGUGCUGAGCAGAGGAAAGGCCAGAGAAAAUCUUCACUAAAUAGGCUAACAAUUUAGCACCUCUCAAAACACGGUAUUUAUUUUAAAUACAGAAUUGACUCUAUCCAUCUGCAUUUUUUCAUUUACAUUUGUUUAAAUAAAACAGUUUACAAUUUAAGAUGUAAGCUUUUGAAAUGCUGCUUUACUUUUGUUUUUGCAAACAUUUUUGGAUUGACAAACCUUAACCAUGUGUAGUUUUUAGUUAUUUACAAACUAUGGGCUUCAUCCAAAGACCAUUUAACUCAAUGAAAACAAUCCCUAUUGCUCCAAUCCUUUAGUUAAUUGGGUCCUUAGGAAGAUUCUUAUGUCCACAUGGAGUCCCGUUGGAUUCCAUGCCCUGCACACAUUGAUCCAGUUGCAGGGCCUAUGGAGCCAUUCCUUGUAAACUUUUACAGCCAUUGAAAUAAAUUACUAUUUGUGGUUUUAAGCACUAAGGUCCCAAUCCUGCAACACUUUAUGCAUAUGUUUACCUCUAUAAGUAGCCCCACUGCAUUAAUAAGACUGUUUGCAUGUGGGGAGUUAAGCUCAAUUGCAAGUGUGUGUCAACUGGGCCCAGGUUAAAGAAUGUAUCAGUCUGUACAUGAGUAAAAGAAGCAUACUGAUGACAUGGGAAUACUGUACAUCAUAAAAUAUUCAUAGAUAUGCUUUACUCAAACAUUGCUGGAAAUCUGGAUUUCCAAAAGCUAAGUAUGAAUAUAAUUUGAAUUUAAUGGUGGGAGCUCUCAACCCACAAGUGCCUAAGGAUAAACAUUUAAAAAUCCUUUUAAAAAUAAUAUAAUAUACAUAGUAUGUUUGUGUAUUGUUUAUAUGUAGUUGUGGUUUUGUGUGUGUAUCUAUAUAUGUAUAUAUGGCCUGUAUUACAAAAUUUGCUUAUUUUUUACGUCAUGCCUUUUUCCUCCCAUACAAGUUAUUGUUCAGAGCAUUUCAUCCAAACCCUUUUGCCUCGUAGGGAAAAGGUCAAUGUCUUGUAGGAUAUUCCCUGUUGCUGAGACUCUGUGCGCACAGACUAUGUGUUGUGAUGCAGAAUACACUGAUUUCCUGAAGUGAAAGGAAACCUUCCAUUGUUUCGGAGCUUAAGGAAUAGCCGGCCAAAAGUGGGGCUGCUUGGUCACAGGUACAGAAAUGAAGUAGGGAAGACAAUGUAGUUACCAGCAUAUAAUUUUUUGUCUGUGCAUGUUAAUGAUCACAAACAAUAUGCAUAUAAUCAUCCCAGCAGCUCUCCUUCCCACACAUGUCAUGCAACACACAUUCAUAAAAGGUGUUCUUUACACUUGAUUUUAGUUCAAAAGGAGUGUCAGCUAUGUCUGUCCUCUUUUGAAGGAGACUAUAUCCUGCCCUACAAGUCUUUCAUAUCUGCAUUUUUAUGACCCUAAAAAAAAAAAGCCCCCUCUCUAUUAUUAUUAUUAUUAUUGAAACUUAACAUGGAAUAGAUGGAGAUGGACAAAUGUUUUAUCUUUUUCUAAAAAAGUAAACCUAUCAUUUGGACACCUCUCCUUCCCCCCCACCUUUCAGUAAUGUCCCCUACUUCAUUACUUAUAGUCCGCCACAUAAAAGUAUUUUAUACAGGAUUGUCUGCCUGUAAUAUCUAUGUAUUACAGCAUUUCCCUGCCCCAUUUUUGUUGGGGUUUUUUUUUUGUUUUUUUUAUUUUUGAGAGUGAACUGGGGAAGACGUUCCAUUAUAUUGAAAAUGGUUUUAAAUGAGCAACAUAACUGAACAAAGAUGUGUAUCAAAAGAAAAUGCAUUGUAAACUUGUGUCAAAUAUUGUGAGAAAAUGUAUGAGCAGCCUUUGCAUUGCUUCUUCCCCAUACCCCCAACUACAGUUUGAAGUCACUGGGAGUUUUGGAUUUGCAAAGAAUGCAGAAUAGAGUCUCUAUUCCAGAAAUAAAGGGUGAAUGUAAAUUUUAUUUGGAUACAAGGGGUAUAAUCUCAUGCUGAAAAUCAUUAACAUUAAUACAGGCGACUGUCAGUCUCUCUCCAGUUCUAAUUACAUGUGUCUUAUGUAUGUAUACAAUGAUUGUAUAAAAGAAUUACAUAAUCCAAAUUCACAUUAAACAACGAACUAUGUAAUCCUUAUUGGUCUUUGGGGUGGAUAAUAAGAUUUCUGUAGAACUAUUACUGUGUCUCCAAAAGAGCCAUCAGAUGCAUAAAUGUUUGAAUUACUGUGUACAGUAAGGAAAGUGCACAUACAGCAAAGCUGAUGGAACCUCAUUUGUACUGAAAAUUGACACAUUGAAACUGUCCAUAAUGGGGAAAAUGUUGUUUCCUGGAGAUUUGUGUGAAAUAAGUCUUAUUGAAAGCACUUUGUUACUCUUUCUAAUAAAAUGUAUUCUGUCCUCA